AGUCACGCCACUGAUGAUGAUGACGCUUUCGCUCUGAACAUGUCAUGAACAUUGUUCCACUCAACAUUCUCACACAGGCAUCACCGCGUUGGGGACUCUGUUAGCUCGUUGACUGAUCAAGUGGCUGCAUUUUGAAUUUAAAAAGGUUUCAGCUGCUGUGUUUCCUCCGGUCUACCCAGUGGCUGGUAAUAGUGGGUCGUCCCCAUGGCUCUGAAGCCUGCAUUCUUAUUGUUGCUGUGGGGCCUCACUUUGUUUGUUCACGAUGUCACGCCUUUUUGCAAUGUCAUCUGCUCGACGGACUACGAUGUUUCACUGAACUGUUCCUGCUCAGGCUCUGUGCCGACAUAUCCUGUCACCAUCGAAGUGACAUGCAGUGAUGGAGAAGUUGUGGUUAAUGGCAGCUGUGAAGUCAAGCCUCCUCAAUCCUGGUGCGUCAUGUAUCCAGAAGACUUUUAUGAAGUUGCAAGCAUUGGAACCACAUGUACUUCAUCAGCCAGUCAAGCUGAUCAAGUGAUAAUGAAUGCCAAUGAGUCAUCUAGUUGGGACCUGAGUGAUGUUGUGAAACCUCUACCUCCUCUAAAUGUUCAAGUGACAAACACUCUAGAGUUCUACAACAUCACUUGGGACCAUGACAACAACCAAAACUGUCUCACAUACACAGUGCGCCUAAGAGAAAGCAAAGACUUGUCGAAGGAUUCAGUUCACUCUUUUUCAGUGGGAGAAGAGCAGUACGUUCUCGUUGACCAUAAGAAGCUGCAACCAAAUGACAACUAUACUGUGGAUGUUAAGGCCAGAAUGUGUCCUGGGGUUCUCUAUGAAGGUCCAUGGAGCGAGUGGAGUUCCGCUGCACAAUGGAGGACUACAGGAACUGAUAAAUAUUGGUGGUACUUCCUCCUACCCAUCGUUGUUGUCCUUUUUCUCCUGUUGCUGUGUUUUUCACAAAUACCGUAUUUGCAGAAAAAACUCCAGGUUAUCACAUACGUCCCCACACCAAAUGAGUUUUUCAAGCCCCUCUACCACAACUAUGGAGGGAACUUCAAGGAGUGGGUGAAGCCUGCAUUCAGUGAGUAUGAUUACCUAAGGAUCAACACAGAAGGUCAGAUGAAAAGUGAGAAGCAGCACGAUGUCCUCCAAUGGAAGAAUGAGAGACAAAGCUACAAGGAGGACAAUGAGAUGAAACAAGAUGGCAAUUUCCUCCAUAUGCUGCAGCCUCACAGCAACUCGCUGCUGUUCUUCCAGGAUGGUGGCAGUUCACAGGGCACCAGUCACUCCACCGGACAUAUCUCUAUCCAUACUGUGACCCUGUCUGGAGAAGAAGAGUUUGAGGAGGAAGUCGUGUCACAGAGCUCUGUUAACACCCUCAGAGGUUACCAAGAUGGAGAAAUCUUUGGUUCAUUUGGAGAAGACAACAGAGAACAUGCUGGCUAUGAUUUACAGGAACCUCAGAUGUCCAGGUUGAAUAGAGAAAGUGGGGUAUUACCACAUCAUGAAAACCAAAUAUCUAUUGAUUUAUCAGUGGAAAAUAUAAACUUUCAGCCACGUGUCCAGCUUAAUGAACCAGAGAGGGUAUCUCUUGACUCAUUCGCCUCAAACGAGCAGUCGGAAGACGGGUAUCCUCAUGUAGACUUGGACACCAUUGACAGUGGUUUUGGAGAGUGCAGCAGCCCAGGAGCCUCAGACUCAAACAUAGCAGAGCAGAUAGACUCUGAUUUAUUUUGUGAGCACAAAAGCUCAAAUUCUAACUAUGUAAAGCAGUGGAUGGUAUGUAGUACUAUUCAAGAAGACUUCAGCACUUCAGAGAACGAACUUCAUGAAACACAGUGAUUAUUUUUUGCUGAUUUACUGCCACAUCUGCAUGUUGUAGUGCUAUGGGACACAUAUUCAACAGAUGGACAUUAUUGUGGACAUAUUCAGAAAACUUACUUCAUAAAAUUAAAAGUAAACUGAAAGCCCUCAGCAUACAAUCCUGUAAGUUUUUUUCACCUUGAAUUGUUUUAGUUAUGCACUUUCUACUGUGUAUAUAGUCACGUUUCUUUGUUUUUAAAACAUUUGUCAUUGUGUUAUUGGCUUUUUCUUUCUUUAAAUUUACUAAUAGAUCAUAAUGAGGUCUAUCAUCUCUGAUGUCGAUGGGACGCUUCAGGCUCCAUAGACAUGCAACAUGAGAUGUUCCAUUGCUCUGGUUUAUACCGCUGAAGUACGCUUGUCACAGCUUAUACAGCUUCAUAUUGUCAUGGUCAUGCAUGCUUCAUUAGCUUGUACUGCAGCACCAGCAAGCAAGCGGCCUUAUCAAGAUGUCUGAUAAUGUUUGUUUUCCUUGUACAUGCAUUUAGUCAGAAACCACUGCAACCAUCCAUCCUGUUUUUUGUUUUUUGUCAGUAAAAAGAGCAAACUUGGAGAAAAUGCAAUCUGUAAACACAGAUGAUUAUUUCUGUGGCCUUGACCUAAUUCUUCGGAGGGAAGUGGAGAAACAUCCCAGACAAGCUUUGACAAUGUAUUCUUUCACCUUGAGUUAUAUAGAGAACAUAUGCAGAGUAAAUUUGUUCUCUUUUACCAAAUGGCAUGUUUCACAUUUACACAGUUACUGUACUUGAUGGGUUUUGCUUU